AUCCAAUUUGCUUUUCGGCUCUCUUCGAAAACGACGACCACAAAGACAAGAGUUGCCAUUGACUCGACUCAAUUGAUGUGGCAUUUGGAUAGGUACGGUACAGUGGACCAAUAUAGACAGAGCUUUCUGAAGAUAUUCGCAGCGUGCUGGAGCGAGUCGAGUCGACUUGGAAAGGCAACGUGAGAUCUGCACUACAGUACGAGUAAUCUACAACUACAGUACCGUUGUCUGGUCGAAAGAUCCACCAGUCGUGGAUUUUGGAGUGAAGAUGGGUCUUUGGUUGCCGUUGGUGCUGGGUGUGCUGCAAGUCGUACUAGUAGGCGUUGCCAAUGCGGAAGGAGGAGAAAGACAACGACGUGCGGCUCCUACGGUUCCUGGUGUUGGUGACUUGAAGUUUCAUGGAGAAACUUCAGCUUCGUCCUCGUCGUGGUCGUUUUCGUUUUCCACAAUGGCCAUCACAGUGUUGGUCAUGGCCAUUGCCUUUUUGUUGUGGCAGCAACACCAAGAUCAACAACAACAACAACAACUAUCACCCGAGGAAGCAGCCCAAGCAGCCGAAGAAGCGAGACGAAAGAGAUUGAGCCGACUGGAACAACAAACUCCAAAAGAUCCAAAGACGACAAACAACAAGCUAGCAGCCAAGAAGGCAGUUCCGACGAAAAGAGAGCAAACUCCCAAGAAACAAUCACAAGACGUCAUUCCCAAGAAGCAAGAACAAACUCCCCAGAAACAGCUUCCAAAGACACAGAACACCAAACAUACUGGAACAACUCCAACUCAAGUUUUGAAAAUGAAAAGGCCAACGUCUUCAUCUGACUGUCACUCGAAGGAGAAAGAAACCAUGCCACAAGUCAAAAUCAAAAAUGAAAGCAAAGAACAAACGAAAAAAGAGAAACCAGCACCCACAUCAACAGCACACAAUGACAAAACUACGCCAACAGGAAAGCAUGACAAGGCUGAUGUCACUACAGCAAAGACCAAAUCUACAAAUUCAUCUACAACCACCACAAGUGAAACCACAAAUACAACCAACAACGCCAAGAAAAAGAAGGCAUCCAAAAAGAGAAACUCACUACUCGAUGGCAGCAAUUCACCAACGGACAUACUUUUGAUUGCUCUCUCUUCCAUCACCAGCUGCAACAUUGUACUGGACAAGGACGCCGAUUCAUCCACUAAAAAUGCCAAAACAAACAGCAGCAACAACAGUGAUAAACCUACCAUUGCCCUCUCCGGUCUGUCCUCCAAUACCUGGCAAGACAUUACCACGGCAGUGUCAUCUCCAUCGGCAUCUUUGACAUUGGAACCACUCUGGGCACGCCUCAAUGCGGGACCCACCAAAUCGUCCUUGUAUGUUCCCACAACGCUCCGUGAUGGAACUCUCUACAAGGCAUCCGACUGGUAUCACAAGAGCAAAUCAUGGUGGACCGAUCACGUAGUGGGACUUUCUUCUAAUUCUAACAGUGACGACGAAUUACGACAGCAGGUCACGACUGUACUGGAACUCAUUUUUCAGAAGUGGAUCCUGCAACAACUCGCGCAACAAUUAAAAGUCGACAUGUGCAACCACCAUCUGGCUCGCCAACAACAACAACAAGAACAGCAAGGUAGCUCCAAUAGUCUCGUCGAUGAUGAUGUUGACCUGGGACUCUUUGCGGAUGAAUCCUACGGUGGAGGAACCACGACAGCAACAACAACAAGAACCAAUCAAACCAAAGCAAAAAAGGAGAAGCCUGGGGAGGAAAACCUCGUGGACGAAGUAUUUGCCAUUUUGGAAAAUCCCGUCGCGUGUACCAAAGUAUUGACCAAACCAUUUCUGGCACACUUGAUACAAACCUAUGACAACAACGACGACAACAACAACGACAAACCCUUGGCAGUCUUGUUGCUCGAGGAAUGUCUCCUUCGAUUGCCUACACCCGAACAUUCUACGGCACUGGAUUGGGAUGAUACCCACGGGCAGAUCACUGCAUUGGUCAAUCUACUCAUGUUGGUAUCGUCACAGGAGACUUCCAAGGUACUCUCGGAAUCAUCAUCUACACAAGACCAAGUCGCAACGGAUGGCAAGCAAUUGGAAGAACAGUGUUUUAUGAAAUCCCUCUUUUAUCUUGCAGCUUUUACCGUCCCUCGUUUCAACGGUAAUGUUCCGCGAAGUGGUCCGCCCUACAAUCUUCUACUCCCAUCCGCUUUUCAUGCUGCCAUGGUUUCCAUUGGCAGAGAGUAUCCCGUUUGUCUGUAUUCACGAAAAGGGUACGAUGCCUCGUUGGCGUCCUUCCACGGGACCAUGAAACAUUCCCGCUCCAUCAUGAAGGCGGCACGGACGGCGGGAGCCCUUGUGCUGAAACGCAUGGCAGCAUCCAAAACGGACUCGUCCAACAGCCUCUUGGAAUGGAUUCGAUGUCUCGUCCAAGCCAACGAACCACUGGUCGACAUGCUCCAGAGCGAUUUGCUCUCGCCCGAUUCUGCUCAAGCUUUGUGUGCGUCUCGUCCCUUCUUGAUGGGGAUUACCACCUCGCUCUUACAAAUGUGUACUACAAACUUGACGACUCGAAUGUUGGAUAUGAAUUCGGCGAGUGCUUUUGACUGUCGAUAUCUGAGAAAAGAAGACGACAAAGACAAUAGUAGUAGCAACCAAAAGUGGGGGCUUGUCAUUGCGCGUGUGGAGCGGUCCUUGAUUGACCAACCAAGACAAAACCCGAAGGUGGAUGGCGCGCCUGAACGCUUCUCGGGAGCAACCGAGUUUUUCUUCUUGACUGCGGCGUUACUACGGAUCAGUCUCUUUCCGGGGUUCCGGGUAAGCGAAGAAUUCCAGUCGAUGCUUCGCAACGUCUUUGCUGCCUUGCAGAAUUUGGCGUCUCAGCAUCCAUCCGUGGAGCAAUUGCGGGGACUUCGUGCAGAUGUCAUGGAGCAGUUCCAAAAGUGUUCCAGUGUCGUACACGGUUGGAGUGCCGUAGUGGAUGACCCCGACACCAGUGCUUUGAUUACAUCCUUCUCCUUGAUGCAACUGCAGUGGGUAGCAACCGCCGUGGACGAUGAGGAUGCACUGGGGCGCAUCCCAGAGUGGUUUGUCAAACUCCCGUCACAGUGGUUGGCGCACGUGGCCGUGUAUACACCCAAUUUGUUUUCUCCCCAUCAGGGAGAAUCUGCUGUCAAGUAUGCGACACAAAUAUUACAAGCUGGGACCACCAAGACGUCUCUGGAUACAUCGAAAAAAAGGUUUUCGCCGCCAGUUCUCUGUCAACUCAUCCGCAUUGCCGGGGCCUUUAUUCGUGAGGGCGUGCGAAGAGCCAGGGCCAGGGAGAAGGGAAAACCACACCGUCGAGGACGCUCAAUGCGAAACUUCCGAAACCGAAACACAGAACGCGACGACGAAGAAGAAGAGGAAGAUUUCGAUCUGGAUUUGAUUGAUGACAGAACCCUGGAUAUUUACCACUCCUUCGACGCCAGAGAUUUGGGCGUGACAGUUUUUACCAAUAAGUUUGUCUCUGAGCAGUUAGGCCCGACUCUUAUGCGGGCGUACUUGGCAAUGGAUGCUGUGGAAGGAAUGGAUGUGGAACGAGAACAUCACUUUGAGAAGUUUCAAGUAAAGAACGAGGUUGCUGAUCUUCUUUUGCGACUUUGGUGUCAUCCCAACGGUGAAUCUCGCAAGUAUAUUGUCCAAGAUCUGGAUGGCAUUGCAAUCAACGAGUUCAGCUCCUCCAUUGCAGGGGCACUUGGAUUCCUACUUGACCAGGCCUGCCAGUUUAUCCUCGAUAUUCGAGAUGUCCGAGCUGCCCAUGAGGAGCGCUUCCUCCGAGCGCGAGAAAUUCCACCUCUUUCUCGAAGAGAUGAAGCUUCCGUGGACCAUCACGCCAAAUUCCUCUCAUUCAGCACGUAUCAGUGCCGGCGGCUCUUCAUGAUACUGUACAAAUUCACCCAAGAGGCGAAGAUAGCAGCCAUCCUCGGGGGCGACGCAGGGCAAUCCGAGAAGAUUGGCAAGUUGGCGGCUCCAGAUCUUGCCGCGAUGUUCGUUAACCUGAUGGACAGGUUGACAGACGAAGAUGGAGGGAUUCAUCCUGAGCUCGAGAUGCGCCAAUUACCAGCCGAGGAGCGAUCUGCUGGAGUUCUAGAUCGACUUGAUCAUGUCCCACCAGAUCAGUUGAAGGAGGUGUUGCACUACUUUGUGUACUCACGUAGAUUUGCACUCCUUGAGUACGGCUUGGACGUCAGUAUUGUGACACAUCAACUGCUGGCGCUUGCGGCUCGAUGGCAUCUUGCGGCUGCUUCUGUGAGUAAGGGGGGUGCAAGAACUUCCAAGUUCUUGUCUGUGGUUGCGGAGAAUGACUUGUGCAACAUCCGAAAGCUUCGAAACGUCGCCAAGCGCCUCAUUGCCACCCCGCGGGAAAUGUCGGGAACCGAAGUCGACAACGCCGCCUACAUUCUGGCAAGAGACGGACACAUAGACUUGUCAAUCUGGAAGAGCUCGUACAAGAUUGUUGGCACCGGUCCAGACAAGGGACGCGGUCGGCGCCAGACUGCUAAGCAGGACAGGAUGUCUCAUGAGGAACUUGAAGACCUGGCGGAUGCAAAAGACAUUCAAGCGUUCUUGGACGAUUUGGAGCAUGCCCUAGCAAACAAGCCGACCACAGUGGUCGCUGCCACUUGGGGAGAUGCCUCUAUGGAUAAGCUCGAGGCCAAGUUGCUGGGCGAGGGCGAACCUCUGAAAGAUGACGCUUACGAUGAGUUCUUGGGAGAAUGGGUUGUGUCCUCUGAAUCGUUCCUUUCCAAGGCCGAUAAUGGCUCGUUUUCCCAUUCGUAUGACUCGAUUGUACGCGGCAGAAGCGUCGAGGCUACCGUAUCCGGCAAGGUUAUGAUCAAGGAAGCACGAAAGUGCCGGCGCCUUCUGCCAGCCCCACAUCCGAAUACUUCUGUCUUUGUCUGCUUCGCCGAAGAACGAAUGGACCUUUCCAAAGCAAUCAUAACAGGUGCAACUGACACGCCGUUCGCCCUGGGGAUGUUCGAAUUUGAUAUUCUAUUCCCCACGCACUACCCUGGCUCUCCCCCGCUCUUCAACUUUCGAACCACAGGCAAUGGACAAACUCGUAUAUCCAGUAACUUGUACAAUGACGGAAAGGUCUGUAUCUCCAUCUUGGGGACGUACCAAGCAUGGGAUGACUCGCAACGGUGGAAUCCAUCCACGUCCUCUCUGGCACAGGUACUGGCAUCCAUUCAGACACAGUUACUGGGAGAUGCCGAGCCCUAUUUCAGUGAUGGGUUCGGCCACGAUGGCCAACGAGGAACUCCUGCGGGAGAAGAGGGGUCAAAGCGGUUCAACAAUAAGAUUCGAUUGCACACACUUCGUCAUGCCAUGAUUGCUCAUCUUCGCCAUCCUCCACUUGGCUUUGAGGAAGUCACCAAGCGCCAUUUUGUCCUGUGUCGUAAACGGAUUCUGGUGCAGGCCCGUCGAUGGACGAUGGAAGCACAAGGGACUCCCCUUUUUCAAAGCUUUGUUCGAGCCUACGAAGAGUUGCUCACUUUGCUGACAGCGGACGAUUUGGUCAACCACAAACUACCGAGCCAAGAGGAAAGUACGGCAUGGGGUGCCGUUCCCCUCAAUGCUUUGGAUCUAAGAUCGCUCGAGACAUGCUCCAGAUCGUUUCUGCAGCUGCAUCAGGCCAGUUUGAAUGCGAUGCCUGGAGAGUCAUUGGAACAAAGCGAGGAAAGCCUUUUGGUGCAAGCCGUCCUUCCACCAGCGGUGCCAGAAACUAAUGCCGCAGAGGCAACGAGCAACAGUACCACGACGCCUACCAAUGCACAGCAAGUUGAAGAGACGUUCAAUCCUUGGGCAGCAGGGGGACUUGAACAAGGAAAUGCUUCGCACCAGAGUACGAGUGAAGCCGAUGGCGGCGAUGAGGAUGACGACUUUGAUGCCUUGUACAGCUGAUGAUCAGCUGGUACGGUGUAGUUAGCUAUCCAAGUUUUUGCUGGACGGACAAUUCAAAUCGUAACGCGGUGACAACACCCCAAAGUUGCCGCAGAAUAAAAACACAGAUAGAUAUCGUGCUAACUAGCUAGUUAGGCUACAUUUAGGGAAGGCGAUGGCUGAGCAGUCAACCAGUGCGUCAUCACCUGAAAGUUGGCCCGGGGUUGGUUCGUUUGGUUGCUCACAAACCAAGGUAGAAAUCAACACACUCAUGACAGAACACUUGGAGAAGGAUCCAUGUGACGUGCUAUUGAAUUAACAGCGCUUACAUCUUAUAGUGAUGCUGGUAGGGAUGGGAGGAUUGUGCAAGGGUUGAAGGGGAGGGGAUUGGCAGCCAUAUGUGCCUAUCUGUUUCUCAAAUUCAGCCAUUUAGUGUUUCAUGUCAUGAUUGGAGGCUCUGUUCUCCCAACAGAAUCGUGCGGAUUGACUUUGAGUACCCAACAAAAGCCUCGCAGUGUUGGAAAUAGCAGAAUCGAAUAUAUGACACAUUGUUUCUCUAAACUCAGUAGGGUUUUUGAAUCAACCACGUUGGAAAGCCCUCUUGUGUUGUUUUGAUAUUCAGGUUGUGUUCCUUUGCAAAAUCUUCCACUGCCCCCCGCACAGCCCUCGGUUGAUGACUCCCAUCCUCACACUUGGACCAGUCUUCCACUGGCCCCAGUCGAUCGAUCGCAUAUUGUGCAUCCACAAAGUCAUGUCCUGCCAUGAUCCCACCUGGCCGUAAUGUGGGCCAAUAGUGCUCAAUAUCUUCUGCUACAGCACAAUAAUCGUGUCUGGCAUCAAUAUAAACAUAGUCAAAGGAACCCUUUUUCAACUUUUUGGCAGCAUCUGUGGAUCUCAUGACGUAGAAAUGGGUGAUAUUCUCAUAGGGCUUUAGAAU